UCCUCCAUCAGCUCUCUAGAGGUCUCCAUUGCCUCGGUAUCCUGUGUACAGUACAGUGUGUGAACAGCGCGAUGGCGAAACAUCAUCCUGACCUCAUCAUGUGUAGGAAACAGCCCGGAGUCGCCAUUGGUCGACUGUGCGAAAAGUGUGACGGCAAGUGCGUGGUGUGUGAUUCGUACGUGCGGCCGUGCACGCUGGUCCGCAUCUGCGACGAGUGUAACUACGGCUCCUACCAAGGGCGCUGCACCAUCUGCGGAGGACCCGGCGUCUCGGACGCCUACUACUGCAAGGAGUGUACCAUACAGGAGAAAGACAGAGAUGGGUGUCCCAAGAUUGUCAAUCUCGGCAGCUCAAAAACUGACCUCUUCUAUGAAAGAAAGAAGUAUGGCUUCAAGAAAAGAUGACUCAGUCACUAGCCUAAUCUCUAUGCUUUUUUCUGUUCUCUGCCGCUUCCUUGUAAUGCAUUCUGCUAUUGGCCGUCCAAUCCUGAAAUUGGGCGUCCGAUGCGCGAGUUUGAAAUCGAGGUGCGCGUCAAUUGGGGAAAAGGGCAGCAUGCAGAAGUCCAAGCAGGCCACGUUGUUUCGCUCCUGGGGAGGCAAGAAGCCGCUGAGCGAUGGAAAUGCACGGUACAGAGGCAAAGGAAAGGCGCCAGCUCGUUGGAGCGGCAAAAACCCACCGUGUCAAGACGCUAGCGCGAAAAAUGCACCAUCAACAUCUUAUUCUUCAAACAACGCGGUAUUUGUGGACCUCACCGAGGGAGAAGAGUUCGGAUUCAAAGACGUCCAGGAGUUGGACCGAUUCUUCGAGGAU